AUGGCGUUCAAGGACUACACACUGCGAGAAAAAGAAAUCCACCAGGCAAUGUGCCGAGACCUUCCCGAAGCUAAGCGCACAGAAGAGCUUGUUGUAAGGUGGAAGCAGCGUGUACCCAAAAGGCUUCGGGGAGAGGCCAUGACGUUAGUGGAGAAGCUUCGCAAAUUGAACAGCAGAUGCUCAUACAUGGAGCUACUGCGCCAUUACUGCCCUGUCGAGGGUCUCCAUCUAUCUUCCAGACCGGCUUGGAGGAAAAGCGUACUUCAGCCAAGAGACAAUGCUUCCCUUAUCGCAACCUCAGCUGAAGGUCGCAAGGCGGACACCACCUCUCUUCCCAAGCCUCGAGCCGUCGAAGAUACUUGUUUCACAGAUAUGGCGUGUCCCACGGCGCACGUCUCCGCAUUCUGCCGCGCCGUGCUCGCGAAAGUCAUCCCCAAUGCAUUCUGGGGAACCGAGGAGAACAAGCGCAUGAUCAUGUUCUGGAUAGAUCACUUCGUCAGCAUGCGCAGGUUCGAAAGUCUCACACUGCACCAGGUGACGGUGAACAUUCAGAUAUCCGCAUUAGCCUGGCUCCGGCCGCCCGGUCAAGAUCCCACUGCAUCGAUGGCUAAAUCCGACCACGAUAAACGCAUAGAGAUCUUCCUCGAGUUUGUGUACUGGGUUUUCGAUUCGUUUCUGGUGCCGCUGAUUCGGUCGAAUUUUCAUGUCACAGAGUCGAAUGUGCAUCGCAAUCGCUUGUUUUACUUUCGACAUGAUGUCUGGCGCAUGUUGACGGAGCCUUCGCUGUCGAAUUUGAGAUUCAAUCUAUUCGAGGAGGUACCGACUGAUCAUGCUACAAAGCUUCUGUUGAGCAGACCGCUGGGUUACAGCAAGAUCAGGCUGCUACCCAAGAAAGUUGGUGUGAGGCUGAUCACGAAUUUGAAGCGGAGGCAACAGAUUGUGAGAAAUGGCGCUACGGUCCUGGGACGCAGCAUCAAUUCGGUGAUGUCACCAGCUUUCAAUGUCAUCACCUAUGAGAAGUCACUACAUCCCGAGAAGUUUGGAUCAUCGCUAUUUUCGGUGGGCGAUAUGUUCCCCAAAUUGUCUGCUUUCAAGCAGUCAUUGGUCGAGCAAGGUCUGGGGGAUGCACCAUUGUAUUUUGCGAAAGUCGAUGUGCAGUCUUGCUUCGACACAAUACCCCAGCAACGCGUCCUAGCUAUGGUUGAUAGCCUGUUGUCCAUGCGGGAAUACCACACUGGCAAGCACGUGGAAGUCCGUGCCCAGGGUCAGCUGCAGCGACUCAAUGGACAGUAUGUGAACCCAAUGCCGCAAAAACGGUAUGUCGCGCAUAGCGCAGGUGCGAAAGACAUUGCUUCAUUUGAGCACCUGGUUCGAGACAAUUAUGUCGGAUCAAAGGCGAACACAGUGUUCGUGAACACAGCCGCCCAGAAAUUCGAGACGAAGGAUGAUCUGAUGCAGCUAUUGCGUGAGCACGUCGAACGCAAUCUCGUCAGGAUCGGAAAGCGUUUCUACCGCCAAAAGUCAGGCAUACCACAGGGUUCGAUACUUUCGACCAUCCUGUGCAAUUUCUUCUAUGCAGAGCUCGAGCGCGACGUCCUAAGCUUUGCUCUUGGCGGCGAUAGUCUGUUGCUUAGGCUGCUUGACGACUUUUGCUUGAUCACGACUAAUCGCGAACAUGCUGAGCGAUUCAUACAGGUUAUGCAUUGCGGACAUGCCGACUAUGGCGUUGAGGUGAAGGCUGCAAAGUCGUUGACCAACUUCGACGUGGCUGCGAUGGACGGCUAUCGCAUACCGAAGUGUGUCUCGGGAACAAGAUUCCCCUACUGUGGCGUCCAGAUAGACAUGCGCACCCUGGAAGUCAGCAAAAGCAAAGACCGCACUGGUCCGGCUAACACGAUCGAUUCAUUGACGGUGGAGUUGGCAAAGGUGCCCGGACAAACAUUCCAUCGCAAGGCGCUCAAGUAA